AUGACUCAAGAACAGCCCUCUAAACAGCCUGAAACAAGUGAAUCUACAGAGAAAUUAGAUCCUGUUUCUAGACGAAGGCUACAGAACCGCCUCAACCAACGUGCCAGCCGUAAGAGAAAGCAGGCAGAAAAACAAAAAGAGGAGCGACAACAGCGUUGGAUUAUCUAUACCAAUGAGGCCAAUGUUCCUUCUGUGAGAGAAGAUGUUCGCGCCAAAGAGACGCCAGAAUCAAGUCCAACACCAAAAAACUCACCAAUAAGUCAAGACCAAACGAGCCCGUUCACAUGUGGCACCUCUCAACUUUCGCCGGUGCGAUAUUUUAAUCAAUUAAAGAGGGAACUUGUCCAAGCCGCUGGCAAAUUAUCGCCUUCACCUGGUCUUAUUCACUCCGUGACACAAUUCAACAUCAUGCGAGCCAUGUUCCAAAAUGCCGCCACCAUGGACCUUACGAUGGAUAUUUUAAGUGAAGAUAUCGCGUCAUCAUUCAAUAUUGCCGGUCCGAUCACAUUUAAUCUACCGCCCAGCUUACAGCCAAGCUCGACACAAAAGCAAAUCAUUCAUCAUCCAUGGAUUGACCUCCUCCCUGUUCAAUCCUUUCGAAAUAGUUUGAUCGUGAGAAUGGCAGAAUACGACGAUGAGGAACUUUGUGGAGAUCUUUAUGGCCUGAGUAGCUCUACUGGAAAAGUUGGGUUGAUAGUUUGGGGCGAAUCGUGGGACCCAUUUGCUUACGAACUAUCAGAAGAAGUGGUGAGGAAAUGGAGCUGGAUGCUGAAGGACUCUCCAGAGCUCCUUAUAUCUACAAAUUAUUGGAGGAGGAGGCGAGGGGAGAAGCCCUUGAAAUUUUUCGAGCCAAACGAUCACUUCAUACAUGAAAUUGAAUGA